AUGGCGCAAAAUAUCUACGACAACCUUGAGUUCCAUCAGCACUUUAUGCACCUCCCAUCACAAACCCACGGUUUGGCUGGAGCGCCUGAAUGGCUUCUCUUCCGCUCACUUAUCCCAUCUGUCAUCAAUGCCUCUAUCCUCGACCUCGGAUGUGGAGCUGGCUGGGCAAAGCAAACCAAAGAGUUUCCACGAAGUGCGGUGGUAGUGUACAAACAAGCGGACCUCGAAACCGUUGGGCUCGAGAAAGAGAAGUUCAACAUCGUGCUCAGCUCGUUGGUAUUCCACUACAUUGUCGAUCUUCCAAGAUUGCUGAAGGAGAUCUUUGAGAGCCUGAAGCCUGGUGGUUCGCUAAUCUUCAGCGUCGAACACCUCUUGUACACGCAGGCCACCAACCCAGCUUGGAGUAAAGAUGCCACUGCGCUUCCAGGAGACAACUACUUCGAAGAAGGACAGCAGACCACAGAUUGGCUAGCUGAUGGAGUUCUGAAAGUACACAGGACAUUUGGAACAUAUGCGAAUGCUAUGAUGGAUGCCGGCUUUGUCUUUGGGGGCGUGAAGGAAUGGGGAAUGGAGGGAAAGGAGAUGAAAGAUGCUGAGCAGUUGGCAGAUCGGAGGGGACGACCGAGAUUUUUGAUUUCGAAAGGGAUGAAACCUGAUUCUUGA